CGCUCGCCAGUCCGCCGCCUGCCGCCGGCCGCGCCGCACGCACCAUGAUCGACUACGCGCGCCCCUACGAGCAGAACAUGUGCGAGCUGUACCUCCCCCCCACCACGUCCGCGCCCGCGCGCCUCGACGACUUCCAAGUCUUCAAAAAGGGAACCGGCUACAUCUACGGGAACUACUACUCCAACACCUUCGAGUACCCCGAGCCCGAGAUCGACACCGCAGUCUACCACAACCUCGUCAACUCCAGGGAGUACCGCCGGGAGGAAUGGAAGCUGAAGGUGGUCGACGACUGGAACGACGACGACACCGUGUCGUGGCUCAUAGAGACCGCCCAGUGCUUGGGCUUCAGCGAGUACGACGUCCCCUUUCACAAUUUCAAAGUGGACGGCAGCGAGCUCAAGCAGAUGCGGCGCGAGGAGGUGCACCAGCGGAUGGUCGCGCAUCACGUAGAGCCCAUGAUGAGCCGGCGCCUGGCAGACGCCGUGUACGAAAAACUACAGUGCCGGUUAAGUGAAGAAAUGUACAGAGAUAGAGACUCUUCGGUAUUCAGAUAUGUGGAGAGUGACCAGUACCCGCACCCGGACACAGUGCAGACAGUGUUAGACUUAGAUUCCUUGGAUCACAAGCACCGGUUGUACGGCUCGGACUACAGGCCGAACGACAGCAGUUUGAUGCAGGGUCUGUGCGACUCCAGCGACGACACGGAGGAGGUGUUCCGCUCGUCUGCGACGGCGUCCCCGGAGUACUACGGCAGUGAUGGAAGCAAGUCAGGAGACGAGGAUGACAAACGCAAAUCGUUCAAAAGACCGCCGGGCAGGCCGAAGGGGAGCGGCCGCAAGAUCUGCAAGCGCCCGCGCAGCGUGUCAGUUCCCGAGUUCCUGCGGAAUCUCCUGCUCGACGCGAGAUAUAACCCGACAAUAAUAAAAUGGGAGGACAGAGAGCUGAAAAAGUUCAGGUUCGUCAAACCAGACGAGGUAGCGAAGCUGUGGGGCAAGCUGAAGCAGAACGACAACAUGACCUUCGAGAAGUUCAGCAGAGCCAUGCGGUACCACUACCGGCAGUCGGUGCUGGUGUCCGUGCCCACGGCCCGCCUGGUCUACCAGUUCGGUCCCAAGGGCCCCGACAUAACCACCCCCAGCCCCAGCUCCGUCAAAGUCAAGUCAGAAGACCUGGCCGUCACCUAUUCCUAGUUUAAAUUAAGUCGUAGGCUAGAUAAUUGUUGAAAACGAUGCUCAGGUACCAUACCAUAAUGCCAGUAGAUUGAUCGAUAGUUCGCAGGAUAUUACAGGACGGUUAGGUUACGUUGCCGAGGGAGAACUGUGCGUUGUGAAACGACAUGUGUUCAGAGUUGACAGUUUAGCGAUUUUGAAUCUGGUUUUAGAAGUUCAAACUGAAAAUAGACCCAAAGAUCUCAUGAAAGCUGUUGUUGAGUUUAUCUACGAUUUUGUCAUCAAAGAUUUGAAGUUCUAAAACGUAGACGUUAUUAAGAGUUGGAAUUUUCUUGAUGAGAUUUCUCGUAUCCUGCACUCGCAUUUGUGAAAGAUAAAUGAAUGUAAGGAAUUUGUUCCUUUUAAGUAUUAAGAAACGGCGUUUGAUUGUAUUGUAAGAACACUGGGAGUUUACGGUUCGAUUGGUGUUCCCUUGUUAUGGGUGUGAUUAGGCUAAGCUCAAUGUUCGACUUGGCAUAGUUGAUGGUUGUUCCGUGCAUGUUAUUGUAUGUUGUUGGAUGGAUUUUCCCGUCAAUUAACGGUUGUUGAAGUGUCCAUAUUAUUUUUUUAAGUGAUUUUUAUGUAUUUUGCGAUCCAGUCUCGACGACUCGUGUUCAGACACACUAGCGGCGCAAUUACGAAUUUUUGAUAAAGUAUUUUUAAUAUUUUGAACGUUGUUACCAUUUACGAGUUAGACACUAGUUGAACAAAUAUUUUGAACAUUCCACGUUUUAUUUAUAACUUGUAUUCGUAAGUUAUUUAGAUGUUACACAUAACUUUAGCAUAGGUAAUGUUGCCAUACGUAUUAAUUAUUUGUUGAAUGUACUUAAAGUCGACUCACUUUCAUCACUGUAUUCGUCAUCGAUUUUGUAAUUGUAAUUUGUAAUGUUAAGAGAUUUGACGUCCGUCACAAGUUUAUAGUUUAAAGAAUUCUCUCAAGUCUCAGUGUUAGUAUAGUUGACUGGCGCCGGUGCAAUAACACAAUGACAACAAAAGAUCUGAGGCCAAAGAUUAGUUUCGACAAAAAUGUUGUUUUUAUUAAGAUUAUUUUAAAGGUUGGUUUCACUGUUAAUGGUUACUGGUAGGUACUUAACAUUUGUCAAAAUCGGUCUUAAAAGUAUCGUAGAAACAGGUUAGACUUGUUGAGAUUCAUCUCUGUCAAUGUAGGAGCAAGGUCUUCAGUGACAUACUCGUACAAAAUGGGGAUAAAUUUCAGUUAAUCAUUUGUUAAAUGUGUCCUUUUCAAAAGUAAUUAAUAAUUUAUUGGAAGAAUAAUUGUUUCAAAAGUCAAAUAGCAUUUUUAAAUGUCAAUUUUUAAGUGACUGAACUGUAUGAAUGCAUUUUUUUAAAUUGUUUUAUUAUGCAUUAUUAAUCAAUUAGCAUUUGUAUAAUUUUAAUAUAACUUAAGCUUACUUUCAGCAGUUUAUUAACACGGUGAAACCCGCCCAAAAAGUAUAAUUAUUUUUGACAAUUUAAAGUUAGAAUAGUAUUAAGUUUCGAGUCUCUCAGGCGAUCGCUGUGAUGUAAGAUAAAUUCAAAUUUAUUUCUGUAAAUAACACCAUCUUUUCUUUCCAAUCGUUUUCGUAUUCCAUUUUUAUUUUAUUGGCCUGCGGUGACAGGUGUAUAAUAAGUCAUUAAUACCAUUAAUAUUUUAACAAUUAUAAUAUGUAUAAUAUUUAAUAUGUGUCAUGCACGUCGCUAUCACCAAAUGACUGGGUCAAUGUUUCAUACCAAACCAUAUACGUAAUAAUUUCUGACUACUUUAUGAAACAAUAUAAAAUGAUAUCAGACCUGCUGAUUUGUCAUAUUAAUGAUAUAAUAAUAUAUCCGAAUUACUUAUACCGUAGGCAAAAUGUUUAGACAUUUUAAUUAUUUUCUUACUAACUCAAUGUAUACGCAGGGUAAUCUUCUAUGUUUUAAUGUAAAAAGCUUAUUCUUUUCUGUAUUUUCAUCACGGAUCUCGUCGAGUUUUAACCACAUUCGAAUAAUUUUCAUUAGCUAUGUCAUUCAUACUAGGUUGCAUAUAAACAUGAAUUUUAAAAUAUUUUUAUUUAACAUAAGCAGGUCUGUUGCUCAUUCGUAUAAAAUAGCUGGAACUUCAGUACAAAGUUGUGGUCUUAUUAUACAACGAUAAAUACGUACAUAAUAUGAAUAUAUGUAAUAUAUACAAAUAAUAAUAUAUUAUUGUAUCAACAUUAUAACUUUUCAAGUUGAAAAAAUAUGAAAUAGUUUAAGAUACGCAUUUUUAUUAUUUAUAAUUUUAAUUGUUUGUGUAUUACCAAAAUAUUUUAAUACACUUUGUGUAGAUGAUUGCAAGCAAAAGAAUGUCAUAAUAUUUUUAAAUAAAUUAUUGUUGCUAGUAAAAAUAUAGACAAUGUGGUAAUUUUUUACGAGUGCUAAGAGUUUAAACGCAUAAACAAAAUUUAUGAUUUUUGAAUAAACUAGGUAUUUUUGGUGCACUCAAUAUAAAAAAGGAAGUAAUUUUACUCUACAAUAUUAUGUAUGAUAUUAAAUGGAUGUUUGAUUACAUUGUUUACUAAUUGAAUGCAAUUAGCGGUUCUAUUAGCAUUACUUUGACUACUUAUCAUCACAAUAUUAAGGUUAUUGUUGGUGCGAAAAUAAUUUUAUGUAACGUGCCAAAUAUUUAUAAUCUAUGUCAAUUGGUAUAAUAACUAUUCAUUUUUAUGUAUUACUAAUAAAUUUUUGAUUAAUAUAUUGACACGAAUUUCCAUAAUACUUAAAUAAAUGUGGGAAGAGAGAAUUUAAAUCUCGACUGAAAUUAUUAUUUAUGAUAAUUAUUUAUAUCAAUACCGUAAUGGAGUUCACCAGUAGGAUUAUUUCUUUGGAGCGAUUUUUUAGUAUUAAUGUUUAUGUGAAUUUACUUUAUAGAGAACCUAGCGUAAGUUGAUCUGUUGUUUCUCGUGCGAAUAGCGAGACAUUUUAUUGUAUUAUUUCUGAAAUUUAUGUGAAAUAAGACGAAGAAUAUAAAAUUUAUGUAUGUGAAUUA